CAUUUAUUUAUCAAAAACAUAGUUAUUAUCAUUGUAAAACUACUAACAAUAAAGUACUAUGUAUAUAUGAUUGAGAAAAAUAAAAAUAAAAAUGUAACUCUACUAUUCCAUAUCAAUUGUAGAAUCAGACGGGUGAUUUAAGGCCCAUCAGUCCGGCCCAUAUGCCUUGGGCUACUUGCCCACAAACGGGAAAGGUCAUAAUCAACCCCUUUAAAUCCUGUAAUUCGCCAAAAUACCCCUCAACUAUUUGAGUUUUGACUUUUGACCUGUACUUGAAUUUUGGGCGAACUUCUCAACCCGACCCAUUAACGAUCUGAAAUUGCCCCCAGCAUAAACCCCUGAAAGGGAAAAGCCCCCAGUCUCUUCUCUUCUCUUCAUCAGUCGUCAACAUUUGCAGUUCGGCACAAAAUCUUUCCUCGUCUUCCGACCAAAUAUUGCCGCCGGUAUGUUUCUUUUUUCACAACAGUUUUCUCUUGCGUGAUUCAUUGAAUGAUUAUUCUGGAUUUUCUUUGAAAAUGUCGCCUUUUAUGCAAGAAUGCUUGGAUGAUUUUCACACACGGUCAGAAAUUUUAUCUGAAAGUAAUUUGGGUUCAUGGGAUAUCCACGUCUGUGAUUCGAUAUUCCUGAACGUAGCUGAAAGCUGGAAUAAUGUUGAUGUAUUGGACCCGUGUUUGUGCUUGAUAGUCUUGGACUGUUAGCUAUUCGAGGAAAUGCCAAUGGAUUUUUAGGUUUGGGAGCUUCAGUAUUUGGGCCCCUUUGUAUUCAUAUCUUGUUAAAAGUAUUGUAGUUAGUUAAAUGUUAGGCAUUUGAUAGUGAUUUGACUGUUCUUCAUGUUAUGCAAUUGGCUGGCUAAAUUCCUUAAGAAGAUCUGUGUGCUAAUUAUUCUUUCCUUUCUAUAUAGUCUCUGGUAACUAAGUUUACUGUUCUCACAAGACCUGAAUACUGUUAUUGUUUAAUUUCCUUGAGUCCUAUUCUCGUAAUCUCCAGGUGGAAUUUUCGUUAGAUAACCCAUGGUAGGCUGGCAGCGGCAUUUGCAGACUUUACUGCGUCAAACUAGGAGAAGAUUUGAGGGCAGUUGCAUUUCUUCUCCAUGCUCAGCUUACCAUUCGAAGGCUUCUUCAGCAUUUGGUGAGGUUGUGCAUGGACGAAACCCAUGGAAUUCUCAUUUUAGUUGCACAACAAGGCCACUACACCGCUUUGCACAGCAAUUGGGAUUCACUACCUCAAGAAUGCUACUUUCUGAAUCUUCUAAUGAAACUCCUGUUUCUUCCCCGUUGCUGACUCCAUUAGCAUUGGAAAGCGGCAAGGUUGAACCUGAAAAGGCAGUAUCUAAACCUGAAACGGUUCAAGCAAUCUUAAAGGGAAUAAAGCAGAGUCCUAAAAAGGUGAACUUGGUCGCUGCAUUAGUCCGUGGUAUGCGUGUUGAGGAUGCUUUAAUGCAACUACAAGUAACUGUGAAGAGAGCCUCUAAAACAGUUUAUCAGGUUAUUCAUUCAGCCCGAGCAAAUGCUGCCCAUAAUCAUGGAUUAGAUCCGGACCGUCUACUUGUUGCUGAGGCAUUUGUUGGAAAGGGAUUUUUCAAGAAAAGAGUGUCUAUCCAUGCUAAAGGUAGGGCUGGUGUAAGAGUUAGACCGGAAUGUAGAUUGACGGUUGUGCUUAGGGAGAUAACCGCAGAGGAGGAAGCAAUAAUUGCAAGGUUGAAAGUUAAGAAUCCCCGCAAACUUUCCAGACAAAGAAGGCGUCUUUUUCCACAUCAGCUUAUCGAAACUACUCCUAUAUGGAACCGCAAAGGCAAAUCUAGAUCCAAUACUUCAGAGGCAAUGGCGGCUUGACCAGGUUCAUUGGUUCAACCAAGUUUUCUUGGAAAUCUAUGCUGAAGACCUGUACUGGAGCAAUGCGUUGAGAUCUAUACAUGUAAUCUUUCAGUUUGCAAAUUAGUGGUUAGAACAUGGAGGUCUCUUUCAAUUCCUCGAGCCUUGUCUUUUUUGUUUUUGAAGAUUAGAUUUUUCUGAUCACCAGUUUGAGUUCGGAAAAGCUAAUUUGCGAUUCUUCGGCAUAAAAGCUUUCAUUUUUUGAUACACUUCUGAACGGAUUCCUACGCAUGAAGCUAUUCCUUAGUUUGCGUAUCAAAGCCUUCGCCUUUGGAAACUGUAGCUCUCACAUUCUAGGAUCUCCGUGCGUAAACUGCAUUAUUUGCAAACUUGGAAAAGCUACUUUGAAUGUUUCUCAAACCAUUGAACUUAAUAUACAACAGAUUCGAUCAACCCAGAUCAUUCGGUUUAUGGCUUUAUGUUCAUGACUCGUGACAGAUGGAACAUGUAAUCAAAUCAAUGUCACGUGUUACUAUAUUUGACACUCAGUUUAGUCUGCAAUCAGCGUGGCGGAACAAAACAUAGAAGCAAAAUUGUAAGAAAUAGAAGGCCAAAAUUAGCAAUCGCUGAAGUGAAAGAAUGAAAGAGUAAAUAUGAGUCUAUAAGUUGAACAUGAGAAGAGGAAAUAGGUUAAGAGUGCUUCCAAAUCUCUCAUACAUCAAUGCCUCUGUAUCUAGUGACCUCAACACCCAAGUAGUCCACUGGACCAAGAACAGCCACAUGUGGCUUCCCAACCUGCACACGGACAGCAGAAAUUUGAGGAAAUUUUGCCAGGGUUUUGGUAGCAAUGAGAUGAGCCACAGAUUCCAGAAGAUUUUGCGGUGUUCCCUCCACAACCUCUUUAACUAUACUGCAAAUCACCCGGUCCGAGUUGUAAGAAAGCUCAAUAAUACAUUAGACAUGAUAUUAGUCUAGACAAACAAGCUUUAAUAUCCAAUUGUCUCUAAUGCUGAAAGAAGUAUCCAUCAUUAGUAUCUAAAAUCUGACAGGGAGAUCUAAGCAAAGCAGGGUUCAGAAGUCGUGUUGCAUAUCUGCUUCUCUCUAAACUAGAAUUUAUAUUUGCUAUUUCACAGAUAAAAUAACUAACUAGAAGCGAUCAGAUGCACAAACGUGGCAGUCUCUAUAAUUUUAAAACCUUCAGCAAUCUUUUUCAACCCUAAAGUGAUAAUCAAGAUAUGGGUUCAUCACUUACGCAUAUAUGGCAGUAUAGCUAAUGGUAUCUGUCAUGUUGUCAGAAAUACCCGGUGGUCGAAGAUCCAUCCAGGCAUCUACAUCCACCAAGAACUUCUGCCCAAGUUUUCUCUCUUCCUGCUUCACACCAUGAUACCCAUGGAACUUCAAACCUCGAAGUACAAGUUUGUCACCCUUCAUCAACUCCCCCCGAUUGUCUGCUGCUGCAGCCAAUCAGAACACAAGGAAAUGAAAGCGGGUAGCAAGAAUAACAACCAAGCAACAUCAAACAGUGACAAAAGUAAGGUUCAAUAUCUGUGUGAAGUCUAAUACUGUACCACAUACAAUAGAUACUAGAACAUUCCAAUUCAGUUGUCUACACUUAAGGCAAAUAUCCUUUUUUACAAAUUUUAUAUAAUAGACUGAAAAUAUGAACCACAAACUGACAAGUCUAUCAUCAUGGAAACAGAACACUACCAACUCGUAACUCUUUGAAAUCAGCCCCCUGUGAGUUGGUGUAUAUACAUACACCCAUCAAAAUCCAUUAUUUAUUGCUAUACCACUACAGAAGAUGCAUUCUUGCUGAGCUUGCAGAUCCAAUCAUCCAAGAACUCAUUGUUCAGUUUUUCAACAGAAAAAACUUCCUAUUUCAGCAUAAAUGUGAAAUUAUAUCAUGAAACCAACUAAGAAAUCAUAAUGAACCCAAAAACAUUAUCUGGGCUGAAACCACCAAAGAUGCAAAGGAAAAAGAAGGAAGAACCAUUCAUAAUUUUAUAACCAAUAAAAUAUGCUACACACGACCUAUAACAAGUGGAACUGACAGAUGCCACCUGAAAGCUGUAUACUGACACAAUAUUCCAACAUUAACGAACAUCCAGAACCUAAUAUUGAGGUGUAUUUGGUGCAUAAAGAAUUCCCCUUUUCCAUAUUGUAUGAAAAUUAUUAUCAGCCAAACGAAUGUCCAACCAAGGGAGCACGGAGUAACAAGAUAAACUAAUGGAAAGAAACGAUUUGAUUACUAUUAUUAUAAGCACAAAUAGACAGCAAGCCACAUAUAAAGAAACAAAAACUGAAAUCCGCCUCCAAAAGUUGUAGGACUGGUAUUUCAUCAAGAACAUAACCACUUUCCAUCGGGUGAGGCGAAAAUCCCAUCAAUAAAUACGAGCAAAAAUAGCUAAUAAACCCCAAAAGGAGAAAAGAAUGCAUGUUGAAUCUACGAAGUAAAAGGAAUAAAAAAAAGCCCACAAGUCCAAAACUGGAAGGAAUACUUACAUGAAGUGGGUGUGGGAGAAGUCAUGGAUGAAAUAAGCAACAACACAGACUUCGGCGGCGGACGGAUUUCUUUUCCUUUUUGCCGGAAAGUUUGCACCGAGAGUGACUGAAAAAUGCACUUUAUAGAAAUGGCUGAAGAAGAAGCGCUCGGCUAAAUGCCUCUACUAGUGAAUAUGAUGAUUGCUGAGCGGUAUUGCUUUUCCUUUUUGGUUUCUUCUUUCCUGUUCAAUCGAAAAUAUUUAUUGGCUGCAAAUUUUGUGUUUUUCUUUUUCUCCUCAUUUUUUUUAUUAAUGGGAUAUUUUUGUUUGUGGUGGAUGUUAAAUUUGUGAAUUGCUU